AUGGUUUCUAUACGAUGUGUAUUAGCUGUUGCUGCAAUCAAUAACUGGUUUAUUCAUCAAAUUGAUGUUAAUAAUGCUUUCUUACAUGGUGAUUUAUCAGAAGAGGUCUAUAUGAAACUUCCUCUAGGUUAUGGACCAAAGGACAAAAUUGAUUUGGUUUGCAGACUUCAUAAGAGUCUUUAUGGGUUGAAGCAGCUUCCAGACAAUGUGUAUGUAGAUGAUAUUAUAAUUGCCAGCUCCAGCAUUGCUUCUAUCACUACCAUCAAACAUUUUCUUCAUUCCACUUUUCAAAUCAAGGAUCUUGGUUGCUUACGGUAUUUCUUGGGACUUGAAGUUGCUCGAUCUUCCAACGGUAUAUUUCUUUGUCAACGUAAGUAUACGUUGGAUGUUUUGCAAGAUACAGGUUUUCUUGGUUCUAAACCUAUUGCUUUCCCCAUGACUCAAUAUCUUAAACUUUCUCGAUUUGAGGGUGAUUUGCUUUCGGAUCCUUUACAAUAUCGCCGUCUUAUUGGAAGAUUAUUAUAUCUCACAAUUACAAGACCAGAUAUUGCUUUCUCUGUUCAGACUCUUGCUCAAUUCAUGGAUACCCCACGAUUACCUCAUCUUCAUGCUACUCAUCGUGUGCUUCGUUAUCUUAAAUCUUCUCCUGGUCGAGGAAUAUUUUUUCCUGCUCAUUCAUCCCUUAAACUUACUAGUUUUACUGAUUUGGACUGGGCUAGUUGUCCUAAUUCUCGUCAAUUAGUUACUGGAUUCUGUAUUUUUCUUGGUAAUUCUCUGAUCUCGUGGCGAUCUAAGAAACAAACCACUAUCUCUCGAUCUUUUGCUGAAGCUGAAUACCGAGCUAUGGCAACUACUGCUUGUGAAUUAACAUGGCUUGUCACCUUACUCAAAGAUCUUGGUGUUUCAAUUUCUUUGCCUAUUUCUUUGUUAUGUGAUAAUCAAGCUGCAAUGCACAUCGCCUCUAAUCUUGUUUUUCAUGAGCGAACAAAGCAUAUAGAUAUUGAUUGUCAUUUAGUUCAUGAUAAAGUUCAAGCUGAAUUUCUUCAUCUUCUUCAAAUUCCAACACAUCAUCAGUUAUCUGAUAUUUUUACAAAAGCAUUGGGUUCUAAUGCAUUUCAUCAUCUCUUGUGCAAGAUGGGUAUGUUAAAUAUCCAUUCCCCAUCUCCAUCUUGA